AAAAUCGAGUCGGGUAGAAGAGGAUCCGGUUCGUUUGCUUCUAUUUAUUCGUACGAAACACGACUUCAACUCGUCAAAACCUUUCUCUCUGCACCGUCUUACUCAGCCAUGGCGUUCCCCUUUUUGGAAGCUGUUAUCGGUUUUAUGAUAUUAAUGUACAUCUUUGAAACUUAUUUGGAUUUGCGCCAACAUACUGCUCUCAAACUUCCAACCCUUCCUAAAACUUUGGAAGGAGUAAUCAGCCAGGAAAAAUUUGAGAAAUCACGAGCCUACAGUCUUGAUAAAAGCCACUUCCAUUUUAUUCAUGAGUUUGUGACAAUACUGAUGGACUCGGCAAUUUUGUUCUUUCGGGUGUUGCCUUGGUUUUGGAAGAGAUCAGGAGACUUUGUGACUUUGGCUGGCCUUAAUGCCGAAAAUGAGAUACUGCAUACACUUGCAUUCUUAGGUGGUGUUAUGAUUUGGUCACAGAUCACUGAUUUGCCAUUCUCUCUGUACUCCACAUUUGUGGUUGAGGCUCGUCAUGGUUUUAAUAAGCAAACAAUAUGGUUAUUCUUCAGAGACAUGGUUAAAGGAAUCUGCCUUGCUGUUAUUCUUGGCCCACCUAUUGUGUCUGCAAUCAUUGUAAUUGUACAGAAAGGAGGUGCUUACCUGGCCAUCUAUCUAUGGGCAUUCAUGUUUGUUCUCUCUCUUGUGAUGAUGACGCUCUACCCUGUUCUAAUAGCUCCACUCUUUAACAAGUUCACACCUCUUCCAGAGGGUGAGCUCAGGCAGAAAAUUGAGAAACUUGCUUCUUCUCUGAAGUUUCCAUUGAAGAAGUUGUUUGUCGUUGAUGGAUCUACAAGGUCAAGUCACAGCAAUGCCUACAUGUAUGGAUUUUUUAAGAACAAGAGAAUCGUCCUCUACGAUACAUUAAUUCAACAGUGCAAAGAUGAUGAGGAAAUUGUAGCUGUUAUAGCUCAUGAGCUAGGCCAUUGGAAGCUUAAUCACACAAUGUAUUCAUUUAUUGCUGUGCAGAUCCUUACAUUUUUACAGUUUGGGGGAUAUACUCUUGUGAGAAACUCAAGUAGUCUGUUUCAAAGUUUUGGGUUUGAUACCCAGCCAGUAAUCAUUGGACUUAUCAUAUUUCAGCACACCAUAAUACCUCUCCAGCACCUAGUAAACUUUGCUCUUAACCUUGUGAGCCGAUCAUUUGAAUUUCAGGCUGAUGCUUUUGCUAAGAGGCUUGGUUAUGCCUCUGCACUUCGAGCUGGUCUUGUUAAACUACAGGAAGAGAAUUUGUCAGCCAUGAACACUGAUCCUUGGUACUCGGCAUAUCACUAUUCUCAUCCCCCACUUGUCGAAAGGUUGGAUGCAAUCGAUAAACCGGACAAGAAAGCAGACUGAUGUGGGAAACCUUAUGGAUGAUGAACACGGAUCCAAUUCAUCAAUCUCAGUUGACAAAGAGCACUGUCCUCGUGAUUGUUGACGGCUGUUUUGUUUACUUUAUUCGUUUAAACUCAUUGUGUAUCCACAUAUCCGUAGCUCAAGUACUCUACCGUUUUUACUUACUAGAACAGGAUGGGGUUUACAGUGAAUCAGUGAUGGGGGAGAAGAAUGAACGAAUAUAGAAGUGAACCAGAAACAAUCGAAUCUUGUUACAUGUAUAAUGUUCGCAUGACCUAACAGUUAGAACAGCUCUUAUAGCAGUUGCUUUCUGCCCUGUUGUAUCUUGAUAUUUUAUUUUCCUAGAAAUUGCACGAUAGUAUUUGUUAAGCAUGUGUUGGAUUGGAA